UUCGAAUUUGCGAUUUGCGACUUUGCUCCAAAACAUCACCACGCCAGCUUCUUUGUCGAGCCUGCGCUCUCGCAACGACGUUUUAGCCUCGUGUUUAAUACUCCUGUUUCUUUCCUCUACGAACCUCUUGCCAUCCUCUCCAAUGCAACCACCAAACGCGACUCCACACGAACGAGUAUAACCCAACAAACCUUUUCAUCCUCAAAAGAAAAACACGACCGGCCAAACGAUGGACUCACCACCACAGCCCUCCGGCCCCUCCCGCCGACACGUCUCCCCUUCUUCCCUCUCCCCCUCCUCCCAAACAGUCCACAUCUCCUCCUCAACAACAACCCGAACCGCGCCACCAAGAAACAACCCCCUCCUCCCCACCCCAACCGAGCUCGCCCUCCUGAGCAUCUACCCCCUCCUCCUCAUCUUCGGCACCUUUUUCGCCGUCUUAUCUCCAGACGUCCAAUCCUCCACCUACAACCCCCUCACCCAAUCCCACGACCAGGGCUCCCUCUCCCCAUCCUACUUUGCCCGCAAAAAUAACCUUUUCAACGUCCUCUUUGUGAAGCGCGGGUGGGGGUGGAUAACAUUUUCUUUCUUCCUCUUUAUUUUCACGCACCCCGCUGUCAGGACAUCGGCGCAAAAGAGCCGGGCGACGAUACGAUGGGCGGUGGUGACGGCGUGGUGGGUGUUUGUGACGCAGUGGUUUUUUGGGCCGGCGAUUAUCGAUAGGGGGUUUAGGUUUACGGGGGGGAAGUGUCAGGUUAAGAUGGCGGAGAUUUCGGAGAAGGAUGCGGGGGAUGUGGGUGUCAAGGAGGUUUUUACUGCGGCGGCGUGCAAGAGUGCUGGGGGGAGGUGGUCGGGGGGCCAUGAUAUCUCGGGGCAUGUGUUUUUGUUGGUGUUGGGGAGUUGUUUUUUGUUGCAGGAGGUUGGGUGGGUUGUUGGAAGGUGGGUGAGGUUUGUGAGGGAGGAGAGGGCGGUUGUGAUGGCUGAUGGGGCGGUUAAGGGGGCGACGGCGGAGGUGGAGAGGGAGGUGAGGUAUCAGGGGGAGGAUGUGGGGAGGGGGACGGGGGUGAUGGAGGGGUUGGGGCAUGGGGGGAAGGUGGCGGUGGGAGUGGUGGGGUUGUGUGCUUGGAUGUUGUUGAUGACGGCGAUUUAUUUCCAUACUUGGUUUGAGAAGCUCACUGGGCUGCUUGUCGCCUUGACGGCUCUGUACACUACGUAUAUUCUCCCCCGGAACGUGCCCGCCCUCAGGAGCAUCAUUGGGUUGCCCGGGAUUUGAAGUGCGAUAGAAGGCGAGAAGAAUAGGAUAGAUCAGGUGCCGUUGGACAUACAUAUAGCAUAGCAUACCGCUUGUAAUCACAUCGAUACCACAUACCUCCGAUCACUCCUUUGGUUUCCCUCCUUUUCGUCCUCCUCCCACGGCACCGGCCUGUUCAACUCAGCCCACUCCUUCUCGGCCUUGCUCCCAACUGUUCACUAGUCAGCAUCCUCCCCUCCUUUCCUCGAUCUCGUCUCGGGGUUGCUCACAAGGAGGCGGAACAAAGCCAUUGAUCUUCCACAACGCCCUAGGCGUCUCGUCAACGUGCCACUCCCAGUCAUACCCCUUCUCCUCUACAUGCGGUCGCAAAGCGUCGUCGAUCCGCUUGAUUGUUCGCUCUUGACGGCCGGGGUUUUGACUGACGUGGACGGCGAUGUGCUCGGCUACAAAGCGGAUGAAGGGUUUGGAUCGAGCAGAGGAGGGCUCCCCGCCGAUGAAGGUGUUGUCAUCGGGGGAGAGGGGGAUGAAGUUGAUGACUACGUAGAAGGCGGGGAGGCCGGAGGAGGUGUAGAUUGAGGUUAUGGAUUUGACGAGGGCGGAUUUGGAUUCGGGGGUGGUGAAGGUUUGGGGGGGGUGGUAGAUGAGCCAGAGGGGCAUGGUGUGGUUUGGGUGUGGUAAAUGAUGGAGGGGUGAUGCUGUUUGG